CUUGUGUGCCAAACUCCAUAAGUGUCGCUCAUGAAGUGUGAUAAUACCGCCCCGCUACUCUGCCUCAGACACAUUGCGGCCCCUGCGACCCCUGCGACCGGCUUGUCUUCCCGACGAUUUGCCCCUUUUGCUGCCACCGCGGACCGAACUGUCGGCAGGUGGAGUUCGAGAUCUUGCUUGAUGAUUGAAACGGUAGGGAACGCGUUUGCGCUCAGUUUUUACCUCUCCGUUUCAGUUCCGUUUUCCGACUUUGGCUGUGGUGGUGCGAAGCUAAUAGUUACCAACGACAAGACGAGAGACACGAUGGCCGAUUCGGAGCAUGUUAUGGGUACGAAGCUAUGUGGAGGCCGAGCAAAUUCCAGUGCCGUCGGCAGACCUCACUGCAGCAUAGAUCCGACUCCCAGACUGGGUCGUGCUGGUGGUGUCAGUCUACGUAGAGGGUGGCAACGACGAAGCACUGGAAGUGGUAAUGAGAGCUCGACCGGCUGAUUAGGAGGUUCCGAAACGGAACGGGAAAUAGGACGGACA